AUGGUCCGCCGCGCCAACAGAGUGCUCGAACAUGAUGCCCGCACCGUUGUAUGGACAAGUCGUCCACCCGAACGACCGACCCGUGGCUCCAGAGCCCUUAAAGGGAUACCCGGGCCAACUCGGGGUGGACGCACACCAGUCACACUACCCUCUACGUCUCCUUCAGACGUAAAAGCCUACCCUGGGCAACCGAUCGAAUUUCUUAAUGGAGGUCCUCAGCCCUAUGUUACACCUUUCGGGCAGCCGACUGGAUAUGCGACUGCGGUGCCUUUGCACUCGCUACAAUCCGCACCGGCGCCAGUGGAUUGUCCCAGCUGUGGAUAUCGGGAAAUGACGAAGAUAGAGGGAGUUUCAGGAAACACAGCCCAGUAA